AUGUCCGACCAAACUCGAGCACUGUAUGAGGCUGUCACCGGCUCAUUCUCAAUCUGGGAUGCAGCCCAUAUAUUUGAAUAUGCCACCUCCAGAUUCACUGCCAUUCAUCUCGCGCAGUUGGCAGAGCCCAACCCAUCAAGUUCCUAUAAGUACUCGUUUGCUCAACACCUCGUCUGGGAGGUGGAGCAUUUUGUUAUCCCUUUUGUGAGCAUGUGCGCAGUGAUGAACAUCAAUACAAGCAUGCCUGUCUAUUUAAGUCAUGUUCUCAUACACAUCACAACCUUCCAGACAGAACACGACAACCGGAGGACACUCUUUGAGAGAUUCCGGAACUGUCCCCAUGAUGAAAGUGGAGAUGCGGCAUGCCAAUACCGGGUGGUGCCGCGCUACCAUCACUGCUGGUGGACAACCGCAUUCCACUUCCAGAAUAUACAAAUGCCUCUCCAGUUCUCGGUAGCUGAGGUGAAAGCGCUAGCAGCAGCUCACUUCAAACAGUGGGCGAGUUUGCUGAUACCGGAACUGAUUACCCACCCCCGGAAAGAUGACCCACUCCUUCAACAACUUCAUGCUCUCCGGACUGAAGUCGCCCGUCUUGGUCUCGACCUCGGUCAAAUGCUUGUUAAUGAGGUCUAUGACGCUAUGGCUGCCUCUCAUGCGGCGGUGGAAGUCUUGGCGGAAGACUAUAACAAUGGCCGGAUUGGAACAUCUCCCUGCGGAGAUCCAUUCCCUGAAAUGCCUCCCUUUAUGCGUAGAUGA